CAGCAUAGUCACAAGUCAGUUAACCCCCAGGAUAGCCAGCAGCAUUGGGAGCCACAGUGUUUGUGACACAGGAUGGGCCCCCUACUACUGCUCACCUCCACGCUCCUGUCCAGCUACUUCCAUGCAGGGAGAACGGUGAACGCAGAUCGAUUUUUCACGAUACGAAACAUCACCCUGUCCAUCGAGCCAAGUACUGAUGUGACUCGGAACACCAAUGUGACUCUGAGAUGCAAGGCGGUCGUCAGCAGCUCUGGGCAGAAGGCGCUGAGUCGUGAGUACACUAUAUAUAAGGAUGACAACACAGUCUACACCAAGACCUCCAGCACCUCUGAGGACCUUCUGUACCCUCUGUCCGAGGCCAGAGUCUCCAACACCGGCAAAUAUAAGUGCAAGAUCAACAUUGAGGAGAAGAACAAGACCAGCGAAGCCAAGAAACUCACGGUAACAGGCCUGUCGAAACCAAUUGUCAAGCUUAACAAGGAUGUGGUCAGCGAAGGGGAGGAGAUAACGGCCACAUGUACGGCGCACGGUGAGACAGGCUCCAUUUUCUUUUACUUCUACGACGACUCCAAAGAGAUCCAGGAGAAGAAGGUCAACUCCAACAGGGCAGAGACCAACCUUCGCAUCACUAGCGUUGGCAUCCACAAAAUUCACUGUGCCUAUACUGUCCUUAUAACGCCAUACUCCUUCAAGUCCGAGGAAAGCAGCACUGUCCAUGUUACAGUCAAAGAACUUCCCAUCAAACCAGUUUUGGAGAUUUUCCCCCGGUCCAAGAUCUAUGAAGGAGACCAACUGGACAUCUUGUGCACCGUCCGAGACGUUCAGCAGCGCUCUGAAGGUAACCUCUACCUGAGCCAGGGGAACCAGCUUCUCAACGCUGGAGACACACAAGUCAACCACAGCAAGGUUGCCCUGGCCAAGGACCCUGGCGAGUUUGAGUGCAGAUUCGAGAUGGGAGAUGUAGUGAAAUAUGUCUCAAAGACGGUUUCAGUGACUGAGCUGUUUUCAGUGCCCACUUUCACCAUGUCUCCUGCUGAAGUUUUUCAAAAGGAAAAUAUGACGCUAACCUGCAAAAGUGAGAGAUUUGCCUCUGAAAGACUCAGCAGUCAAGAAUUGACUUACACUCUUGAGCCACCUGAAAGCCCACUGACCCCCAAGGGCCCGGGAGUAUUUCAUGGCAAAGCCCUACAGUUUGAUUUCAACUAUACCUGUGUAGCUCGAGCCAGGGGCAUCGUGAAACCCAGUGAAACCCUGACUGUACGUCCUAAAGUGUCUGUCUCCAUUCCAAAGAUCUCGGUGGUUGGCAGAGCAGUCCUAGGACGGCCCCUCAAGAUCCUCUGUCUGUCAGACAGUGGCAGCCCGCCAAUAAACUACACCCUUCUGAGGGAGUACGACCAACUGAGCACAACCGUUGUCAAGAAGCCCUUUCAACCAGCUGUCUUCACAGUCACCAUCACCAAGCCAGACGAAAUCACCAAGUACAUGUGCGAGGCGAAGAAUAAUCACAGGGAAACCCCGCUCAGUAAAAGACUCCACGCCUCUGUCGUAGUGCCUCUGACGCACCCGCUUAUGAUCGUCAACCCUGACCUAUCAGACAUCUCUGAGGGAGAUCAUCUCUACCUCAUAUGUAGUGUUGUCGGCACUCCGCCUGUCACCUUUAAGUGGUACCGUGUUGGCAAUGAACAGCCGCUGAAUACCACCACCUCCAACGAGAACAACACAGCCUACCAGAUCCCCGAGGUGUCCAAACAGGACAGUGGCACAUACUACUGCGAGGCUUUCAACCACGCCAACAAUGUUGUCAUCAGUAACCGGGUCAACAUACAGGUGCACCUGGCGUUGUGGAAGAAACAGGUGAUCGGGGGGUUCUGUAUGCUGGCGGUGUCUGUGUUGGUGGUGGUCUCUGUGCUGUGCUUCAUAUCCAAGAGAGGUAAAAGAGAAGCAUCUGCUGAAUUGUCAGUAAAGCCUUCGAGCCCUAAAUCAGAUGACUCUUUAACAGUGAAUCUAACCCACGACACAGAGGUUUAUAAAGCAGCCACAGACGCAGCGCUACUCUAUGAUGGCACGGAGGGGAGAGUGACCAAUGGGGCGCGAGAUAGUGUGGCGUCGCUUCCCAUUGACAUCAGCAACAGGAGCAGCUACAGUAUCCCAGCCACAGUGUAGAGAUGCCCCACAAUGGGCGGAACUUCAAUUCAAUUUUUUAAAUUUUUUACUUUCAAAGAAAAGGAAGUUCUAAGAAAGGACUCUGAGGGCAAACAUGGAAAGGAACACAAGAGGCCGUAAUCCUGUUGAUGUCCAGUGUUGUGGGAUUUGAACACUUUCUUCACUGACGACUUUCCUCAGUGAAAAGGAGGGGCGUGUUAUAAACAAUUUAAACUAGGACCCGCUGCUCCCUCUCCCCUCCUCCUGCACUCUAGAAGGCCUAUUUUUAUGAUUUUUCAACGUAACAUUACUGUCUCUGUCCUUUGUUUCUUUCAAUCACCAUGUUUGUGUGAUUUCAUGUCCUUUUAUUGUUGCAACUGCUCCAUUUGUCUGAUGUGCAUGUUUAAAUGGCCUUGGUGACUUGAUUUGUAUAUACAUUUUAUCACCAUAACAGGAAAUGUGUGUAUAUAUUUUUGGUUCAUCCCAGAGACACAUGUAGAAUAAAGACGUUGGUUUUAUU